AUGAUGGCUGAUCGGAGACGUGUCAAUGGCCCGUCCGGAGGGACGAGGCCAGCUGUUUUUGCUUCGCUCGCAGAAUCCGGUACCGGUGUCUCAGAGCGCGCUCAGCGCCAGCGACAACCUUCAGAGCUCCGGAAAAUCUUCCUCAAGACGGGUCUUAUCCCAACUGCCUCGGGCUCUUCAUAUCUUGAAUUUGAGCCUUCCGCCUCUCUCGCCGCUGCCCGCAUCAACCCUAAAUCUCUGAUCCCGCCCUCCUCAGCUCUGAAGCUUGCUUGCACAGUUCACGGUCCCAAGCCGUUGCCGCGGUCUGCGGCAUUCUCCCCCAAUCUUGUCCUGACAACACAUGUCAAGUACGCGCCGUUCGCGGCGCGCAAGCGAAGGGGCCAUAUCCGCGAUGCUAGCGAACGGGAUCUUGGUGUCCACCUGGAGACUGCUCUGCGUGGCGCUAUCAUUGCAGAGCGCUGGCCGAAGAGUGGUCUGGAUAUUACUAUCACUAUCCUUGAAGCGGAGGAUGACCGGUGGUGGGCAGAUGCUCCAGACUCUCACGAUGCAUCAUGGGGAAUGAUGAAUGUUCUGGCGGGCUGUAUCACAGCUGCAUCGGCUGCUAUUGCUGAUGCUCAUAUCGAUUGUCUGGACCUUGUUGCUGGCGGUGUUGCUGCCUUGGUUUCUGAUGAAGAGAAGCAGUCGUCUGCGGCUCCUAAGCUCAUGUUGGAUGCUGAUCCGGCAGAGCACCGAUCCAUUGUUUCAGCAUGUGUUGUCGCGUACAUGCCCGCACGGGAUGAGAUUACUGAGCUCUGGCUUAAGGGUGAUAGCUCAAAGGCAUCGCUUGAGAAUGGAGAUAAGAGAUCAGUUCAUGAGGCAUUAUUAGAUGGUGCUGUUGAUGCGGCUAGAGGAGCGCACACUGUUUUGGCCGAGGCCGUACGGGAGUCUCUGCUGAAGACGGUCGGAUAG